AUGAGAAUCUAUUCACCAACUUUAUAAAGAAAUAAUUAAUGUGCUUUUUAUAAUUAUUUAUUAUUUUUUUUUCAAAACGGAUAGAAUGAGAACGAAACAUCUAGUUUUGUUAGGUGUUAUUCUAAUGCAAGGUAGGAUUUCUUUGAAAACUAUUUAGUUUGCUUUGUGCAGGCAUUGCAUUACGACCUGACUACACUUUUGGAUUAGCAAAAUGAAUUAGAUUGCGAAAAUACAGAUUUUGUAUAAAUGUUAUAAGAUUUCGAUUCAUGGGGAGAGAUCAUUGAAUUGUUGCAAGAUGGCUAGUUAGAUUCAGAAAUGAAACAACUCCAAGAACUCUCAGAUUUCACAAAUGAAAUGAUCUCAGCCAAUCCAAACGAUUUGAUGGAGGAUGCCUCUUAUGAUGAAUAAUUGGAGACAUUGGAUGAACAAUUGUAAACAAUCCAGAACCAAUAUAAUGGUCCAUAAAGAAAGUUUUUAUUUGACUAAAGCAGACAAAUCUCUGAUCAAAUCAGAAGAGUGAUUGAAUCAAGAUCAUUCGAGUAGAAGAGAUCCCAAUUGGCAAUGUUAUACGGUUUAAUUGAAUACUUAUUAAAACAAAUUUCAAGAGUCUAAAAUCAAUACUAACAAACAACAUAACCACAACCAAGAUAAUAAUAAUAGCCUUAACCACAACCCCAAUAGAGAAUCAAGGAAUAGAAGGAGAGAGUUAUUGUUAUAAAGGAUAAAUGUGGAGACAGAUACUAAUAGAGAAAGGUGUCAAAGUAAAGAGUCGUCCCUGGAAACUACAGAUAAAACGAUCAUCCAGUCCCUGAAGAGGUCGGCUGUGACAUUCCUUACCCACAAUAAAGAUAACCAAAAUGUGUUGUUGGAUCAGACAUCAUAUUGACAAGCUCAAUCUCUGCUGAUUAACCUACUGUUGAAACUGAAGUCAAGAAAUUGAAGGAUGUCAAUGAAUAUGGUUUCGGUUUUUGGAUGAGAUUCUUAACAUUGUAUCCAGAAUAAUUGUAAACUGGCUUGACUGAUUAAUCUUACUUUGUUGCUAAAUUAACCAAGAAUUAAUAACAUGGAGAUGACAAGAUUGGUGAUAGAUUGUUGACCAUAUUCUAAACUUAAGAAUAAUAUAUUUUCAGUGCUUAACACGAUAAACCUGAAAGAAAAGAAGCCACAGCUGCUAUUGUGUUUGGAGAUAUUGAAGCUGUUUGGACAUACGUAUAUUACAGUUACUCAGCCUUCUCAUAAUAAGCCAUUGGUUUCUAUAAGCAAUCUAACAGUCAAUUAGUUAAAUAAGUCACAUUACCAGCUGCUUAAGGAACACCCUAAUAUUUGAGAUUUGUUUUGGGAGGUCAAUAUUUCGAUUUCCCAGGAUUCAACGGUUAAGUCAGCAGACCAGUCUUGGCAAUUGGUUUGGGAACAUAUUUAAUUAAUGAACAAGAAUUCUUGUAAUAUGCUAUUUCAUGCAAUCCUCAACCAUAUGUUGCACCAUAAAAGUUGAUUCCAUAUCAAUUCGUAAGAGAUUCCAAAUAUGUUGAUAUUGAAGAUAACAAUGCACCACCUACCUAAGAAUUUAUUGACUUAUUGUUACCAGAUGAAUAUGCAGUUUAAGGUUGGUUCAAAUGGGAAGAAACAGAUUUGUAAGAGAACUGGCACACCAUGUUCAGAUUAUCAAAUACACCCAUAAGAAAACAAUAAAUCCUAUUAGGUGAAAGAGUCUUGUCUGCUUGGUUAGGUAAACCAAAGGGAGGAUAAAUCCAUUUCUCAACAUAUUCAUAUGCUAACAUGAAAGGAUCUGGUAAUCCCAAUGCUCAUCAAUAUGUCCAACAUUAAGAUCAACAUUUACACUGGCAUUUUGUUUACUUUGGAUACAGCAGAGAUUAAAGAAAGGCAUAUGCUUAAGUCUUAUUCAAACAUGUUCAUGCCAAAUCUUUGAGUUUCGUCAAUGUCAAUCACUUUGUGUCACCAAAGCAUUAUUUCUACUUUGGAAGAGAAAGACAAUUCCCAGUCUACAGUGGAUUCAUGGCUUACCUUGAAGUAUUCUUCUGUAAAGGAUCUUACUUAACAAAUGUUAAGCCAGCUUUGAGACCAGUACCAACACCACCUCCCCCCAAAAAGAGAUGUGUUGAAGGACCAAACAGAAUCAUCAAUGCUAAAUAUGACAAAGGUCCAGUUGUUCAUGUCGAAUUGCACAAAGAUGAUUUGAAAGACACUACUUAAUAUGGUUAUGGAUUCUGGUUCAGAUACACUGGUUUGGCUGGUGGAUAAUAUGAAGGCGGAAGACCAGAUUGGUCAUUGAUUGCUAGACUUACAAACAAGAAGGAAACACCAAAAGAUAUUAGAGAUGGUUUAUUAACUAUUUUCUAAGAAAAAGUUGGUUUCUUCUACAUCACAGCUAAUAAUAAGGCUAAGAAAUUAGUUGAAUUAGCUUAACCAUUUGGAGAUAUCGAAGGAGUUUGGAUUUACACCUAUUUCAGUUACACUAGAUAUAAGGCUAUUGCAUUCUAUUAAAUUGAAAAUUAAGCACCAAUCACCUUAGAAGCCAAAGUUACACAUCCAAGAAUGGAAUAAUUGUUAUUCUAAGUUGGUGGAAAGGAUCCAUAAAAUAGAUACUAUUCAUUCAAUGGUUAAUUCCAUAGACCAGUCUUAAGAUUAGGAUCAGGAUCAUUCUUUGAUACAUUAGAAGAAUACAAUCCAUUCUGUUUAAGUUGCAAUCCAUAACCUUAAAAGGAUUGUUCAAGCAAGGGUUUGAUCAGAGCAGUUUCAGCUAAGGCUUCAUAAUUCAAUGGCAAUCCAGUUAACUCUGGUGACAGAUUCGGAACAACUGAAUAAUACUCUGUUCAAGGAUGGUUCAAAUGGAAUGGUAAGACAUCUGGAAAAGAUUAAUUGUUAUUCAGAUUGACAUCAACUCUAGCUGGUGAAGAUGCACUUAACUUUGAUACCCUCAGUUGUUACUUCGAUACCAGAGAUUAAACUCUUAACUUCUACACAUAUACCUAUACUGAUUAAUUAGGAUCUGGAAACCCAGAAGUUAGAUAAAUUGUUGAAGGAAAGACCUUUGUCAAAGAUUGGUUCCAUAUUUACUUUGCUUAUUCAAGAAAGAGCAGAUAAGCUGAUGUCAUUGUUGAACACUCAUAAGGAAAGGGAGCUUUGUCAUUCAAGAAUGUCAACCAUUAUGUUGCGCCAUCACUUAUUCUUUACUAUGGAAAAGAUCAAUUGACAGAUGCUUUCUAAGGAUUCAUUCAAGGAUUGAAUCUUUUCGCAUGUGACAUUACUUAUUAACCAACACCUAAACCAGUUGAAGAUUGCACACCAAUGAAAGAUCCAAUCUGUUUAGCUGGAGAUUAAUAUGAAAAUGUUUCAUUGACCAAUAUUGACAACGUUGUUGAAGAAUUAGAGAAAAGAAAGUAAUUAAUGUAAGACAAAUAAUUUGUUUUACCAACAACCUAAUGCUUCUGUUUCCCAUAAUAAGGAAAGAAAGUUAUUCCUUAGAGAUAAGAAGGUUUCCUUGAAAUUUAUGAUGAUGACGAAGAACCAUAACAAUAAGACCCUGUUGAAAUAUGA